AUGGGCGCAGACACUGAUCCGCGGAGCCUGAAGCGGACUACACACACCAUCUGGUCAGACGCACAAAGCAACACGUACAAAAAGACCCACCCCAUGCAGCAGCUACAGAGUCCAGGGAUACAGGGGCACAUGGCGCCAAUAACCGAGCAUGACGCACCACCCUCGAGGCAUGCGCUGCAGACGAGACCGCUCGCCCUUCAUCUGAGCUGGGCGCUCACCGGGAGGAACUCAUCCACAGCCUGCCAUAACCCCAGGGAGAAGUUCGGGAUCCAGCGGAACCCUGGGCCCACGAUCCUGCUGAUGGGAUCAAUGGCGAACUGGCACGAGCACCUGCUAAGGCCUCAGGCUGAAGACAG